GGACUAUAAAUUGGAAUUUAAAUUUUCGCUUUGUUUUACUGUGUGUUUUUAUGAUAUUGUUUUACUAUGUUGACCAGAUCUAAAUCUUCAAUGGCAGGCAAGAAACAAAAACGAUCAUCAACAACAAGUUCAAACAACAAUCUUCAAGAACGUGAUCGCCAUAGUAGACAUCGAUCACGAUCAUCAACAUCAUCUAGAUCAUCGUCUAGAUCAUCAUCAUCAAGAUUAAAAUCAGAACGUAUUGAUACACGAUUAUCUCGAUCACAAAUACGACGGAUUGCCGAUUUGGUCAGUAAAAAUGUAUUUAAAUUAUUUAUUUGUUCAAAACAUCAACGAUUAAUGCGUAAAGCAUGUAAAGAGAAUAAAUUGCAGACUUGCUGUAUGAGUAAUCAUAUAGCGAAUUCGGUUGUACAACUUCAACAGCAACAGAAACAGAAACAUCAGCAGACCACCAAACAAGGACAAAAAUCUGAACAAUCAAUAAUUUCAACACCACGUAGCCGAACACCGCAUGGAUUUAUCAAGAUGAUCAAUUCUAGUUGGUUAAAUUUAAUGAAAAAAUCACCAACAGCAGCAAUAAGUAAUAAAUCAUCAUCGUCAAAAACGAAACAUCAAAAAAAAUCUUUAACAAAACAAAUCAUCAAAAGUAAAUUGCAAUCAAUUUUGGAUAAACGAGUGAUGAUUGAAAAAAGUCCUGAACACAAAUCACCACAGAUGAAGGAAAAAGAAGCCAUCCAGCAGUCUAGUAAAUCUCUUGUUGUCAACGAUAGUAUUGGUGAGGCGAAUGUCAAAUCUCUUGCUAUUUCAGAUUCGACUGUAGCAAAGUGCGAACAACAAGAUAAAAUUGCCGACGAAAAAAGUCCUGUGGUAGAAAAAAUUCUAACCAUUGAUCCAACCAAAGAAUUAUUGAAAAAAAAUUCAGAAUUAAAAUUGCCAUCUAGUGAGGAAGGUGUUGGUGGUAGUAGCAGUGGUGUUGUUGAGCCACAAAUCGAAAAAGAGCAACAGAAUUUGAUUAAAAUUGAAAAUGAAAUUCCCAAUGAAAAGACUAAAGAAUUAGCUGUGGCCUCUUCGGAAAUAAUAAAUGAUGAACCAAAAACGAAAUCGUCAAUAAAAUCAAAGAUAAUUGAAAAUGAUUCGAUUCAAAAAUCACGAGACUCAGUACUACCAACACCACGACUAUCUCCUGAAAUCAAAAUGGAUGAAAAAAAGCCUGUAAUCAAUUCAACGAUUGAAAAACCAAUUGAAUCAACGAUGGAAAAAGAGUUGAUGACGUUACCGAAAAACCUGAAUGAUCCGGAUAAUACAUCGUCGGCUAAUAAAAUGAUGGUGUCGAUUUCAAUCGAUAAAGAUGAUAAAAGUAAAGUAAUUGAAAAUCAUUCAACAUUGAAAAAAAUCAACGAUAUAAAUGAAAAUGAUGGCAGCUCGUUGAAAUCAAAAAUGAUUAAUCAUAUCAAAACGACAACGACGACGAACACUCCGAUCAAACCAAAAACUGUGGCAUCAACAGUUGUUUCCAAAUCAAUAAUGCAAUCACCAUUAUCUACGAGAAAAACCAAGUCUUUGAUGAUGAACAAAGUCAAAUCAUCGGAUAAUAAGACAUUAGCAUCAAUUACAAAAACAAGGAAUAAACAAUUACGCAAUUCGGCGGCCUCUAGUAAUAGGUUAACAGCAAUACCGUCGCCAAUGAAGAAAUCAUUAAUGAUUACAAACGGUAGUAAAAAAGUUGAUGCAAAUAAUAAGAAAAUCACAUCGAUUUUGAGCAAAAAACAGGCACCACAAUCUUCUUCUUUAUCGAAAAACUUGAACGAUAAUAAUCCAAAGAUACGAUCACCCGAACUAUUAACUUUUUCACCUGGUUUAGUUACACCAGAUUCUUCGUGUAUGAUGAGCCACGAAUUGGAGGAUGCGCCCAGUUCCAAGAUCAAUUCACAAACUGAUUCAUCUUCACUUCAUCAACAAAAUGAUAGUAGUUCAUCAGCACCAUCAUCCGAAGAAGUCAAUUGUCAAUUAAUUGAAAAAUCACAACAAAACCCUCUGACAACUAACCAAUGA